AUGCCAUUGAAUAGCAAUGCUUGGACACAGGAAAACGAUGAUAAGAGAGAAAUAAAUCGGAAAAAAAUUAGGGGAUGGCAUGCAUUGUUCUAUGGAAUUGUCAUUGGUUUAUUAUUUGGUGGUAUGGCUUUAGCUACUGUACUAAUAAUUUGGCUCAGAUCAACACAAACAACAAUUUCAUCGAGUUCGAUCAUUACUUUACUUACAACAACGACAAGUUUAAUUACAACGCCAACGGAAUCUACAACUAGCACAACAGAUGAUGGUUCUGUUAAUUCUAGAUGUACUCCUCAUUCGAAUGCUAAAGAUUUCUAUGGUGAUUCUAAUAGUAGUAGUGGUGUUUCAAAUAAUACUCUGAGCCAAAGUGUAUUCUUACUGAAUGGAAUUCAAGGAUAUACAGCCGCCCAACUGGAUAGUGGUAAUAUGGCGUUGCUUAUAUUAGUUAUUAUGAAUUAA